GAAAACCCAGGCCCAAAGGGCAAAGAUAGGGAGAAAAAAAAAGAAAAAAAAAAAGAAAAAAACGAAGGUUUCGUCUUUCGGACCGGGAAGAGAAACGAGAGCGAAACACAAAGAUAUAGCGCAGAGAGAGAGCGAAAGAGAGAGAGAGAAGAAAAUAGCUCAGAGAGAGUGGGACAGAGAGAUUUUCCGAGGAGGAAUUUCGAUUUUCCGCUGUUGAUUCCUCGGGUUUUCUUGAUCUGUUCUCCGAGGAGUCGUUUUCUCUUCACAUGCUCUUCGAUUCGAAGCUGGAUUUUCUCGCCGAUCUCUCCAUUUAGCUCCUCAAUUUUCUCUGGUUUUGGAUUGGAGCCAAGGAUCCUGGAGGGAAAGAGAAUCGAGAGAAAUCUUGCAGCAUGAGCAUCGAUAGCCCCGGAGGAGGGGAGAGUUAGGGUUCCGAAAUUCGGCGAAAAGGAUUGUGAUUUCCAUGGGUGAUGGAGGCGUCGCAUGCAUGUCCUUGCAGCAUAACAUCAUGGAGAGGUUUCCAAUUCCGGAGAAGACUGCGGUUUUCGGAGGCAAGAACGCUAACAAUGGCUUUGGUUCCAAGUCGUCGCUCAAAUUGGCUGACUCAGAGAGAAAGAAGAAGAAGAAGAUGAAGCCCAAGAAACAGGAUAACGCGAGGAACGGCGAGCCCGAGAAAAGCGAACUGGGUUUGGCUAGAGGUGGGAAGAGUGGCAGCGUUAAGGAAGUUGAGAACGGUGAAAGCCAGGAGAAGAAGGACGAGGUUGAGGAGGGUGAAUUGAGGACUUUGAAGUGGCCCAAGGGGGAAGUGGAGAAUGGGGAAUUUGUUCCGGAGAGGUACCGCAGAAGCGAAACUGAGAAGGGCGAGAUAGUAGAUGAGAAGUGGAGAAAAAGCGAGGUGGAGGCGGGAGAAUUUGUUUCGGGGAAAUGGCGAAGAGGCGAAGUAGAGAAAGGGGAGAUAUUUUCAGAGAGAGGCAGAAAAGGUGACGCUGAGUUCGCGCCUUGGAGAGCGCCCAGGGAUGAAAUUGAGAAAGGUGAGUUCAUUCCUGAUAGAUGGCAGAGAAAUGAAGUGUCCAGAGAUGACUACGGUUAUGGCAAAAUUCACAGGUACGAUACAGGUAAGAACAAGGUAUGGAAAUUCGAGCGUGAGCGCACCCCACCUUCUGGGAAGUAUUCCAAUUUGAGUGAUGAUGCCUUUAGAAGGAAGGAAUUCAAUAGAAGUGGGAAUCAGCAAGGAAAGACUACUCCCAGGUGGGAAUUUGGGCAGGAGAGGAAUGUAAGGAUCAGCUCGAAGAUUGUCGACGAGGAAGGUUUGUACAAGAAGGAAUGCAGUAACGGUAAGAACCACGGCAAAGAGUACUCUUCUGGCCCUGGGAACAGGUUGAAGCGGUAUGGCAUUGAGCCGGAUAUUAAUGAACGCAAGCAUUAUGGAGAUUAUGGGGAUUAUGCUGGUCUGAAAAGUCGGAGACUUUCUGAUGACAGUGGUCGCCCUGUCCAUGCAGAACACUAUUCACGCCACUCUGUGGAGAGGUCGUAUAGGAAUUCUUCUUCUUCUUCUUCUUCCAGAUUACCUCCGACAGAUAAGUACUCGGGUCGGCACUAUGACUCAACUAUGUCUAAUAGAGCUGUUUAUGAUCGGCACGGGCGAAGUCCAGUUCAUUUGGAACGUUCCCCACGUGAGAGGAACCGGUAUUAUGAUCACAGAGACAAGAGUCCAGUACGUCGAGAGAGAUCACCACAUGUUCGUGAGAGAUCUCCAUAUGAUCGGAGUCGUCAGUAUGAUCACAAGAACCGCAGUCAGUCCCCACAAGAUCGCACUCGACACCAUGACCGCAGGGAUCGAACUCCAAACUAUGUGGAGCGGUCCCCACAUGACCGGAGUAGGCCCAAUAACCACCGAGAAGUAGGCCGGAAAAGUGGGCCAAGUGAACAGCGUAACUCCCAGCAUGGCAAUAAAGUGCAAGAAGAUAAACUGGUCCAGAGGGAACCUGUUGUGAACGACUCACAUUCUUCAGCGAAGGAAUCUCAAGAGAAAAGUGAUGUUCUCAAUGUUAGUGGAUCCGUAGAAACAAAUGCGAACUGCGAGUCUCACAAAGAGGAGUCACAAAGUCCAAGUAUUAACUGCAAAGGAACGUCUCAUACAGGUGGAGCUGCUCCAGAAGAGCUGCCUUCUAUGGAGGAAGACAUGGACAUAUGUGACACACCUCCACAUGUCUCGAUCGUUUCUGACUUAUCCACUGGGAAAUGGUUUUACCUUGAUUAUUACGGUGUUGAACACGGGCCUUCAAAGUUAUGUGACCUUAAGGCACUUGUGGAAGAAGGGACUCUGAUGUCUGAUCACAUGGUGAAACAUGUAGAUAGCGAUAGGUGGAUGACGGUUGAAAAUGCUGUAUCUCCGUUAGUUACUGUGAAUUUCCCGUCUAUUAUGCCGGAUUCUAUAACCCAGUUGGUGAGUCCUCCAGAAGCUCCUGGUAAUUUGUUAAUGGAAACUGGAGAUAUUGGGCAGUAUGGUAGUCAGGCCAACGAGGAAAAAGCAUGCACUUCAUUGCAGCCAGUUUUCUUGCCAGAUGGUAGGGUAGCAGUUUCUGAGCUUCUAGAAGAUCUCCGCAUUGAUGAAAGGAUUGGGUCUCUAUUUGAGGGUUUUCCAGUUAUUCCUGGAAAGGAAAUGGAAGCUCUUGGAGAAGUCUUGCAAAUGACUUUUGGCAAUGCCUGGUGGGAGGAAUGGGCAAAAUCUGAAGGUUUCAGUUUGUAUCCCAGUCAGACGAGUGAAGAUGAUGAACAGAAAAUGGACGAGUUAUCAGUAUAUUCUGACAUCAAAUUACAAGAAGGUGCAGAAUCCUGGUCUAGUGCACACUCUGACAAGGAUUAUCCUCAUGGUGAUUCUAGUGAUUGGUUUUCUGGAAGAUGGUCUUGCAAGGGUGGUGAUUGGAAGAGGAGUGAUGAAUCUGCCCAAGAUAGAUCUACUAGAAAGAAAAUUGUCGUGAAUGAUGGUUUCCCACUAUGCCAGAUGCCCAAGUCUGGAUAUGAGGACCCUCGAUGGCAUCGGAAGGAUGACCUCUAUUAUCCUUCCCAGGGCAGAAGGCUUGAUUUACCCCUUUGGGCCUUUUCAACUCCGGAUGAAAAGUGUGAUUCCAGCGGCAUGAGCAGGUCAACUCAAAAUAAGCCCCCAAUCGUUAGGGGAGUAAAAGGAACUAUGUUAUCAGUCGUCAGGAUAAAUGCAUGUGUGGUUAAAGACCACGGUUCUUUUGUUUCUGAGCCUCGGACGAAAGUUCGAGGUAAGGAGCGAUAUUCUUCUAGGGCCACUCGAUCGUAUUCUGCCAGUAGUGAUGGCAAGCGAUCUUCAGCAGAAGGUGACAUUCAGUCAAAGAGUGGUAGUGAGCAAGGUUUGCCAGGCUCUUGGAAAAGCAGCGCAUUUAUUAACACUCCUAAAGAUCGUAUUUGCACAGUCGACGACUUGUUGUUACAUUUGGGUGAAUGGUACUACCUUGAUGGUGCUGGGCAUGAGCAAGGACCUUCAUCGUUUUCUGAGCUUCAGGCUUUAGCAGAUCAAGAAACUAUUCCAAAAGGUAGCAGCGUUUUCCGUAAGUUUGAUAGAGUAUGGGUUCCAGUCACCUCUACUGCUGAGACUUCAGAACAGACAGUAAAGAAUCAAGGGGAGAGCACUGCAUCUGGUGAUUCUUCAGGACCUCUCAUGCAGUUUCAGGGUGCCGCACAUGGUGAACGUAAUGCAACGUCUAAUUCGUUUCACAACCUACAUCCUCAGUUUAUUGGUUAUACCCUUGGAAAGCUGCAUGAAUUAGUGAUGAAAUCAUACAAGACCCGGGAGUUCGCUGCAGCUGUCAAUGAGGCUUUAGAUCCAUGGAUUAAUGCCAAGCAGCCAAAGAAAGAGACAGAGAAGCAUGUUUACUGGAAAUCAGAAGGUGAUGCACGUGCUGCCAAAAGAGCCCGUCUUCUGGGUGAUGACAGCGAAGACGAGGAAAUAGAAGACAAUGAUCAGACAGUUGUCAAGGCUGAAUCCACAUUUGAGGACUUGUGCGGUGAUGCUUCCUUCUGUAGAGAGCAGGGUGUGAGUUCUGAACCUGGGAUUGGAGGCUGGGGAAUCCUGGAUGGUCAUGUGUUGGCAAGGGUCUUUCAUUUUCUGAGAGCAGACAUGAAAUCACUUGCAUUUGCUUCUUUGACUUGUAAGCAUUGGAGAGCUGCUGUCGGGUUUUACAGGGACAUUUCACGACAAGUCGACUUGUCAUAUUUGGGUCCUAAUUGCACUGAUCCCAUCUUCCUCAACAUUAUGAGUGGUUAUAGCAAAGAUAAGAUCAAUUCUAUGGUUUUAAUUGGUUGUACAAACAUCACUUCUGGCACGCUGGAGGAGAUUAUUUCUUCAUUUUCUUGUCUGUCUACCAUAGAUAUCAGGAGAUGCAGGCAGUUCAGCGAAUUGGCCCAAAAGUUUCACAACUUCAACUGGAUCAAGAGCCGGAACUCACGUACCACGGUGAACUCUGAGGAUUCAUAUACUAAAGUAAGGAGUUUGAAACAGAUAACUGAAAAAUCUUCGUCUGUCUCAAAAGUUAAGGGUCUCUAUGGUAAUGCGGAUGAUUUUGGUGAACUGAAAGAGUAUUUUGAUAGUGUGAAUAAGAGAGACUCAGCAAAUCAAUUAUUCCGGCGAAGCUUAUAUAAACGUUCAAAGCUCUUUGAUGCCCGAAAAUCCUCAUCCAUUUUAUCUAGGGAUGCCCGUACAAGGCGAUGGGCUGUAAAAAAAUCUGAAAAUGGCUAUAAGAGGAUGGAGGAAUUUCUUGCUACUAGUCUGAAGGACAUCAUGAAGGAGAAUACCUUUGAUUUCUUUGUACCAAAGGUAGCCGAAAUUCAGGAAAAAAUGAAAAAGGGUUAUUACAUUGGCCGUGGAUUGAGCUCUGUCAAGGAAGACAUCAUUAGAAUGUGCCGAGAUGCAAAAAAAGCAAACAAUCGUGGUGAUGCUGGAAAUAUGAGUCGCAUUAUCACAUUGUUUAAUCAACUUGCCUUACGUUUGGAUGGGGGUUCCAAGCCUUCUCAUGAAAAAGAUGAGAUGUUAAAGCUUGGCGAAGAUGAUUCAUCGUCAGGAUUCUCAUCUACUUACAAGUACAAAAAGAAGCUGAACAAAGGAGUCACUGAAAGGAAGUACAUGAACAGAAGUAACGGAACUUCCUCUUUGAAUGGUGGUCUGGAUUAUGGAGAGGAUGCGUCUGAUCGAGAAAUCAGAAGGCGGCUAUCCAAACUGAACAAAAAACCUUCCGAUUCAGAAAGUGAAACUUCUGAUGAUCCUGACAGGUCUUCUGAAUAUAGCAAUAGUAGUGAGAGUACCACUUCUGAAUCAGAAAGUGACAAAUCAGAAGUUCGAACUUGGCAGUCAGGAGCGGGUGGAUACUUUUCACCUGAUGAGGGUUUGGAUUCUAUGACUGAUGAUCGUGAAUGGGGUGCACGCAUGACAAAAGCAAGCUUGGUUCCUCCUGUUACCAGGAAAUAUGAAGUCGUUGAUGAGUAUGUUAUUGUAGCAGAUGAGGAUGAUGUGAGGAGAAAGAUGCAGGUAUCUCUGCCAGAUGACUAUAUUGAGAAGCUUAAUGCACAGAAGAAUGGAAUUGAGGAGUCAGACAUGGAGCUUCCUGAAGUCAAAGAUUAUAAGCCAAGAAAACAGCUUGGACGCGAGGUUAUAGAGCAAGAAGUUUAUGGAAUUGAUCCCUACACCCACAAUCUCCUACUUGAUUCUAUGCCGGAAGAAUUGGAUUGGCCUCUUCUUGAGAAGCAUGUGUUUAUUGAAGAUGUCCUCCUUCGCAAUUUGAACAAGAAAGUUAGGCACUUUACUGGCACUGGAAAUACUCCUAUGAUGUAUCCUCUGCAACCUGUUAUUGAAGAAAUUCAGGAUUCUGCUGAGGAGGACGGUGAUAUACAAACUAUUAGAUUGUGUCAGGGUAUCCUGAGGGCCAUAGAUAGUCGUACUGAUGACAAAUAUGUAGCUUAUAGAAAGGGUCUUGGAGUCGUUUGCAAUAAGGAAGAAGGUUUUGCAGAAGAUGAUUUUGUCGUGGAGUUUUUGGGAGAGGUUUAUCCUGUUUGGAAAUGGUUCGAAAAGCAAGAUGGGAUUCGAUCUUUGCAAAAAAAUAAUAAUGAUCCAGCUCCAGAAUUUUAUAACAUUUAUCUUGAGAGGCCCAAGGGUGAUGCUGAUGGGUAUGAUUUAGUUGUUGUUGAUGCCAUGCAUAAGGCUAAUUAUGCCAGUCGAAUUUGUCACUCAUGCCGGCCUAAUUGCGAAGCAAAAGUUACUGCGGUAGAUGGUCAUUACCAGAUUGGAAUAUAUACUGUCCGCAAAAUUGGCAAUGGUGAGGAGAUCACAUUCGAUUAUAAUUCUGUUACGGAGAGCAAGGAUGAAUAUGAAGCAUCUGUUUGUUUGUGUGGCAGCCAAGUCUGCCGGGGAAGCUAUUUGAAUUUGACAGGCGAAGGGGCUUUUCAAAAGGUCCUCAAGGAAUGGCAUGGAAUUCUAGACCGUCAUCAAUUAAUGCUGGAAGCCUGUGAAGCAAAUUCAGUUUCCGAAGAGGAUUAUCUUGAAUUGGGAAGGGCUGGUUUGGGUAGUUGUUUGCUUGGUGGGUUGCCGGAUUGGUUGGUUGUGUAUUCAGCUCGCUUGGUGAGAUUCAUAAACUUUGAAAGAACAAAGCUUCCUGAAGAGAUUCUGAGGCAUAAUUUGGAAGAGAAAAGAAAAUACUUUUCGGAUAUUUGUCUGGAGGUCGAGAAGAGUGACGCUGAAGUUCAGGCUGAGGGUGUUUACAACCAAAGGCUUCAGAAUUUGGCAGUUACUCUUGACAAGGUGAGGUAUGUCAUGAGAUGCGUUUUUGGUGACCCAAAGAAUGCUCCACCUCCGCUAGAGAGGUUGAGUCCUGAACAAGUUGUUGCCUUCCUCUGGAAGGGAGAAGGAUCACUUGUUGAGGAGCUUCUUGAGAGCUUGACUCCUCAUGCGACCAAAGAAAUGCUUGAUGAUCUGAAGUCCAAGAUCUGUGCUCAUGAUCCAUCGGGUUCUGAAGACAUUCAGAAAGAACUUAAAAAAUCUUUGCUGUGGUUGAGAGAUGAAGUCCGAAAUCUUCCAUGUACAUACAAGUCUCGGAACGAUGCUGCUGCUGACUUGAUUCAUAUUUAUGCUUAUACAAAGUGCUUUUUCAGAAUACGGGAAUACAAAGCUGUAACUUCUCCGCCUGUGUACAUUAGUCCACUUGACUUGGGUCCCAAGUGCAAAGAUAAAUUGGGAACAGGUCUUCAGGAGUAUUGCAAGACAUACGGGGAGAAUUAUUGUUUAGGGCAGCUUAUUUUUUGGCACAACCAGACUAGUGCUGAUCCAGAUUGUAGCCUCGCUAGAGCAAGUAGGGGUUGCUUGUCAUUACCCGAAUUUGGUUCUUUCUAUGCCAAAAUUCAGAAGCCCUCUAGGCAGCGUGUUUAUGGCCCGAGGACUGUCCGAUUUAUGCUCUCAAGGAUGGAGAAGCAGCCGCAGAGACCUUGGCCAAAGGACCGAAUAUGGUCGUUUAAGAGCAGGCCGAAGGUGGUUUGCAGUCCUAUGCUUGAUGCUGUUUUAACUAACACUCCGUUGGACAGAGAUCUGGUUCAUUGGUUAAAACAUAGGCCUGCCGUAUAUCAGGCCACGUGGGACCGAUGAAACUACUUUUUUGGCAGAUGCUAGGGACACAGAACAGCAGAGGAUUGCGGGCCAACGCUGUUAAUUGAGUUUUGGAAUGAUAUUCUUCUUAGGUUUUAGUUGACACCAGCCCUUUUUGAUGUGGGUUUUAAAAAAAAAAAUGUCAUUCCAAAACUCUCAUUCAUUGUACUACUACUACCUCAUUAU